AUGGGUCUCAUCAAGAAGGUUCUUAAUUGGUCUCAAGAUGGUCUUUAUGACUACAUAUCUGUGAAUCCAACCCGGGAAGAAGUAGCUCAUUACAAGGUUGAUCCAGAAAAUGAAAGCGACGACUCGAUUAUCAAGCUCAAAACAGUCAAGAACUUCGAAAAUAUCACUUGCUUGGACUAUUCGGAUGUGGACCCAGGUUUUGUUGGUGUAGGCGAAAAAAACGGAACAAUUGGACUUUUCAAUAUCAUGCAAGACGCUGCGGCGACCGGUGAUAGCGGUUCUCAUUUGAAAGUAAGGGCCAAACAGCAAAGAGCAGUCAAUAGCAUAGGCAUUAGUACGAAUGGCCUUAUUGCAGCGGGUUUUGAGAGAAACAAGUAUGAUCCAUCCCUUCAGAUUUGGGACGUAAGCUAUCAAAGUACUUCUUCCAACGUUAUUAAUCCAGCUUUUUCUUACUGUUCGAAUGAAACCAUUGUAUCUGUCUCUUUUUUGGAUGAGACAACAAUUAUUGCUGGCAGCACGAAACUUUUAAGGGAAAUUGAUCUUAGGUCACCAACACCUGUCUUUCAGCAUCCAACGAGAUUGUGCUACGAUGUAAAAAUAAACCCUUUCAAUUUAUGGGAGUUUGCGACAUAUGCGGAUGAUGGGACUUUAGCCAUCUGGGAUAGACGGAGACUAGUAUCAGAUGGGGGAUCAAGGGAGUUCCUAGAAGCUCAGCCAUUGCUAAAAUUCGAUAAACUUAUGGGCAAUGGUGCAGCGUCAAGAAAAUACACCAAUUCUUGCUUUCGUUGGUCUGCACUACAAAAUGGUGAAUUCUCAACACUGCAUAGUGGCCAGCUCGUAAGAAGGUGGAGGUUAGGAAGAGUUCCUGAGGUACCCAUUGCAGACACCGACCACUCCCAAGAACAAAACAACACAUUGUUUGUUUCCACUGUCCGUGACAUAAAUACCACUUUUGAUCGUGUUGCCACGUUUGAUUACGUACCGCGACUUGAAGGUGUGACUAGUUAUAUUUGCAUGAGACAAUCCGGCACUCUUUUCCGGAUGUCUCUGGAUGAAGGCGUCUCGAUCUCGAAAUUCAAUUGCGGUAACGAUUUACUCAUUUCAGUAGGCGACCAGCCAGGAUUAGAAGAGUUCAAUGUUGGCCACGCCAACGAGGUUGUAGAAUCAGAUGCUCUGCUAACUACAGCGAAAAAUCUGUCAAUCGACGACAUGGAUAAUUCUUCUGAGAUUGCAUACUUGGAGUCUACCGAAAGUGAGAACCUCUCUACCAGCCACCAGGCCCUCGAUAAUGACACCUCUGAUGUUCAAGUUGAAUCUAGCGUGGUCCUUAAACCGGAGCAACUUUUAGAUAAUGAUAUUAGCAUGUUGAUGAGGCGACGCGCGCUUUUAUCUUAUGGGCUUGAUCCGAUGGGGACCGUUGAGCUCAUUGACAAAUUAAAAUCGCUUCAAAACAACUCCUACAUCCGCAAUACGUGGAGAUGGCUUUCUAUCGCAAAGGCUUCCGUUGACGAUGGAACGAUGGUCUCUGGUGAGCUGGAUCUGGGUUAUGAAGGAAUUUUGGGUAUUUGGAAUGGACUUGAUGGACUCUCUAAGCAAGACAGAUAUCAAAAAGACACUAUUUUAACUGAGAAACAACUCGAUAGAGAACUCGAAAAAAUUAUACGCUUGCGAGGCAGAUCGAAAUCGCAGCAGGGACUCACUUCUAAAAUGCGGGUUCUUCUAGAGUCAAAAAAACCCACGCAGCGGAAGCUCUGUAUGAUAAUAUCUGGGUGGGACCUUACCCCGGCAGACUACGAAGAAAAGUAUCAAAAAUUAAUUAAAUUGGGCCAAUACGAAAAGGCGGCAGGAUGGGCAGUUUUCUUCGGUGAUGUUACGAAAGCCAUCGAUAUUUUAGCAUCUGCCAAGAAAGAGCGUUUGCGGCUCAUUGCGACCGCAAUUGCGGGAUAUGCUGCUUAUAAGAACCAACCCGGCAACAAUGCUUGGCGCGAUCAAUGCAGAAGGAUGUCCUCUGAUCUUGAGGAUCCUUACUUGAGGGUAAUAUUUGGAUUCAUAGCUGACAAUGACUGGUGGGACAUUCUUUACGAGCCUGCAAUAUCUUUGCGAGAAAGGCUUGGGGUAGCUUUGAGAUUUCUUAACGAUCGUGAUUUGACUAGGUUUUUGGAAAGGACGUCGGCAUCAGUAAUUGAAAAAGGUGAGCUUGAGGGCUUGAUACUGACAGGCAUCACUCCAAGCGGUAUUGAACUUUUGCAUUCGUAUGUCAACAAAACUAGCGACGUUCAAACCGCAGCGUUGAUCUCAAUCUUUGGUUGUCCACGGUAUUUUAGGGAUGAAAGGGUCGACGAAUGGGUUCAGAGCUAUAGAGAUAUGUUGAAUGCGUGGGAGCUUUUUUCAGCGCGUGCGAAAUUUGACGUCUUGAGAGCAAAGUUAUCAAGGACGAAUCGCAACGAGAGCACCGUCGAAGUGAGACCUCGCCAAUUAUACCUCCAAUGCUUGACAUGCAAUAAAAAUGUUAAUAAGCCUAUCAUUGAUAAUGGCGCAACUAAGGUGAAAGGUUUUUCCAAUGCUAAGAAAUUUGGAUUUACAGGUAACUCCAAUUCCUCGCAACCGCGCCAGAGGUAUUCGUGUCCUCACUGUGGGACACCGUUUCCCCGAUGUUCCAUAUGCCUCCUCCCCAUGGGCACGUCCGACCUACCAAUCCUAAUCAGUGGCCGGACCACUAGUAAAGAGGAUGCUGAAGAAGAGACCGUGGAGAGGAAAAGACUGAGUAUGAACGAGUGGUUCAGUUUCUGCUUGACAUGCAAUCAUGGAAUGCAUGCGGGCCAUGCUGAAGAAUGGUUCGAGAAGCACUUGAUCUGCCCCGUUCCGGGGUGUGCUUGCAGCUGUAAUAGAUAA